GAGCAUCACGUGUCGCAGUGGGUCGAAUGAUGGGAGAUCUCUCAUCUUAUCAGCACCGCUAUGAUCCUCACAUGGCAUCUUCAGACCCAGGUGGCAGCUCCCAGCCCUCGCUGCCAAAUCGUGGCGUGACAACGAGAUCUCCUUUGCCGUUUUUUGUGGGCUUGGAGAAGGUGCACAGGGACGAAUUGGCCAGAGACGAGAUCCAGACCGGGUUGAUGGCGGUCACACCCUUGAUCCACAAGCGACUGGUCCGCACCACCUCACUGAAGACGACGUAUUCGGGGGGUGACACGUUGAAGAGGACAGACGAAGGGUGGAUGAAGACAUCCUCGUUGAUCCCCAUGGCUCGUGAGCAGCUGCCGAAGAACUUUCAGCUGCAGUUCGCUUGGAGGCUUCAGCUUCGGAUCGAAUCCAGCGUCGAC